AUGCCUGAUGCAUCAUUCUGCACGCUAGAGGUGCUCAUAUCAGAUGGCCACACCUUGAAACCAGCGACUAGUACAUUGAGCGCCAUUCUAAUCAUUUUCGACUGGGCUCGUGCGACGAACUGCGAGGCUUUUGACCCCCGCGCGGUUUCCCCUCGUCUAUACGCCGUCUGGGGUAUGGAGGCAUGGCAAAGACACUUGGCGGCAUCUCACCUGCAUAGAGCCUGGAAGAUCUUGGUCUAG